UCACCGCCUUGCUACCACCGUUCUCCGCCGCCGCCUCCUCCUCCGUCAGAUUUCUACUGAAACACAAUUUCUUGUUUCAUUAUUUAUAAAUAGUUUGGCAGUAAAGUCUACUUUCAAAUAAUUUAAACGCACUCCAAAACCAAAAUUUUCUCUCGAAAGAAGAAUGCAUCGCGCGAUUAGCUGCAGCAUCAGAGUUUAACGCUUUCUGGUUAUAGUUCACGAAUUAGUUUCGCUGUUCAUGAAUGGCCAAUGCCCGCCUCUGUCUCGAACACUGAAAAACUUGUUUUCAACCACCGCAGAGCAAUGCGAGUCACUGUUAUUCCGCUGCGCCACCACCACCAAAUCCGCGGCAACCACCAAGAAACUGCACGCCCACGCCAUCACCUCCGGCCUAAUCUCAAACCAUUUUCUCUCUCUACUGACGUCUGCGUACGGUCUUUGUGGCCACCUGCAGUAUGCCUGCAGGCUGUUCGAUGAAUUGCCUGAACGAACGCUUGUUUCAUACAAGUCCAUCAUAAGAAUGCACACGGAGAGUGGGAACCCUCGAGGUGCGCUCAAGCUGUUUGUCGAAAUGCACGAGUCGGGUUGCUACUGGGCAGACGAGUAUACUUACCCGUUUGUUAUUCGAUCUUGUGGUGCUUUAAUAAUGCCUGAGCUAGGCAUGGGGAUUCAUGGGUUGGCGGUUAAGAGUGGGUCUGUAUCAGGCAGUUUUGUGGGGAAUUCUCUGCUUGCAAUGUACAUGAGUUGUGGGGAUAAAGAUGGGGCUAGAAGAGUGUUUGGUGCAAUGAAGGAGAAAACCGCAGUCUCUUGGAAUACGAUGAUUAGUGGGUACUUUCGAAACGGCAGCGCCGAUGAGGCUUUGAUGAUUUUUAGGAAAAUGAUGGAUUGUGAAGUUGAGUUUGAUUCUGCAACAGUUCUCUCAGUUUUACCUGCUUGUGGAUACCUAAAGGACUUGAAAAUGGGGAGGGAGGUUCAUACGCUGAUAAAAGAUAAAGAUAUUGGGAAACGAUUGGCUGUUCAAAAUGCUUUAGUCGAUAUGUAUGUCAAGUGUGGAAGAAUCGAUGAAGCACGUGGUGUUUUCGAUGCGAUGGUAGAUAGGGAUGUCGUGACAUGGACUACUGUGAUCAAUGGGUACAUUUUGAAUGAAGAUGUUAAAGGUGCGUUAGAAUUUUGCAGAUUAAUGCAGUUUCAAGGUGUGAGACCUAAUGAGGUGACCUUGUCUGCAAUUCUUGCAAUGUGUGUCAGUUUACGUGAUUUGAAGCUCGGGAAAUGCUUGCACGGAUGGGCUAUUCGUCAGUACAUUGAUUCUGAUGUCAACGUUGAAACUGCUCUGAUUGAUCUCUAUGCCAAAUGCAGUUCUUUAAGACACAGCUUAAAGGUGUUCUCUAGGACUUGUAAGAAGAGAACUGUGCCCUGGAAUGCAAUUCUUUCAGGGUGCGUUCAUAACAAGUUGGGCAGAGAAGCCAUACAACUUUUCAAGCAAAUGUUGUUCGAAGCGGUGAAACUAAACGAUGCAACGUGGAAAAGCCUCCUGCCAGCAUAUGCCAUUGAAGCAGACCUUCAUCAAUCAAUGAAUAUACAUGGUUACGUGAUAAAAUCGGGGUUUGUUAGAAAACCCGACAUUGUCACCGGUUUGAUUGAUAUAUACUCAAAGUGUGGAAAUUUACAGUAUGCUCAUAAGCUCUUCGACGACCUUUCUAUAAAAAACAGGGACAUUGUUUCGUGGAGUGUGAUUAUAGCUGGAUACGGGAAGAACGGAAACGGCAAGGUUGCUCUUUCUCUUUUCGAUGAGAUGGUUCGGUGUGGGGUUAAGCCUAACGAAGUCACUUUUACUUCCGUUUUGCAUGCUUGUGGCCAUUCGGGGUUGGUUGACGAUGGAUUAAACUUAUUCAAUUAUAUGAUAAAGAAUCACAAGGAGAGUGCAAGAAUGGAUCACUAUACUUGCAUAGUUGAUCUUCUUGGGCGUGCGGAUCGUCUUGAAGAAGCUUAUGAGCUGAUCAGAACCAUGCCUUUUGAAGCGAGCUGUGCUGUUUGGGGUGCAUUGCUCGGUGCAUGUGCGAUACAUGAGAAUGUCGAACUGGGAGAGAUAGCUGCAAAGUGGCUGUUCGAGUUGGAACCGGAGAAUACUGGGAAUUAUGUGUUGUUGGGAAAUGUUUACUCCGCUGUAGGAAGAUUUGAUGAUGCCGAGAGAGUAAGGGGGAUGAUGGAUAACAUUGGAUUAGUGAAAGCUCCUGCGAAUAGUGUGGUUGAGGUGAGGACUAUUUGAUGUCUGUUGUUGUUCUCGGAUUUUUUUUAAUGGAUGAAUCAAUUAUUGGUCCAAAAGAGAAUUCAGACGAGUCGAAAUCUUCCGGUGCUGAAAAAGCAAGGAAGAAGGCAGCGCGGCAUGUACUGAGAAUUUGGAGACACGAAGAAGAAAAGCUUUGGAAGCUGACAAUGUGUGUGCGUGCGUGCGUGCACUGUACGUAACGUGGUCAAAGACAUGCAUCGGUGGUCGAAAAGCUCUGGAGUUUUUUUAUUAAUAUUAUUAGCAUUUUAUUAUUAUAAAUUAUAAUUAAAAAAUUUGAAAUAGAAAAAAAU